GCGUUUUGUUAACCGCUUUAUUUUGUUCAUACUGUUUGAAGUGCUGCUGUGAGAUAAUAAUGGCAAGAACCAAGCAAACCGCUCGUAAGUCCACCGGAGGUAAAGCCCCGAGAAAGCAGUUGGCGACUAAAGCCGCUCGUAAGAGCGCACCCGCCACCGGUGGUGUUAAGAAGCCUCACCGUUACAGGCCCGGUACCGUGGCAUUGAGAGAGAUUCGUCGUUAUCAGAAGUCCACUGAACUGCUGAUUCGCAAACUGCCGUUUCAGCGUCUGGUGAGAGAAAUCGCUCAAGAUUUCAAGACGGAUCUGCGCUUCCAGAGCUCAGCUGUCAUGGCGCUGCAGGAGGCUAGCGAGGCUUAUUUGGUCGGUCUGUUUGAGGACACCAACUUGUGCGCCAUCCACGCCAAGAGAGUCACUAUCAUGCCCAAAGACAUCCAACUGGCGCGCCGCAUCCGCGGAGAGCGCGCUUAAAUCUACAGCUGCUUCAGCCGUACAAACCCCAAAGGCUCUUUUAAGAGCCACC